AUGCCUUCGACUUUUUGGGAGCGAACAAAAGGGACGUCUAAGAAAGGAUUCGACAAGGCAUGGCACACCCUCGACAAACUGGGGGAUCCCGUAAAUCGACUCUCCAAUCGAGUCGGCGCAGAGGCCUUUUGGCCCAUGGCCAUUGACAAAGAGAGCGACAAGGCAGCGCGCAUCUUACGAAGCUUCUGCAAGGAUGGCUUUUACAGCGAGGAGGAUGCGGAUCGCCAGAGUACCGACAGCGCGGUCAACCCAACGACUGGCAAGAUCGACCGUCCCAAAGGCAAACAACGAGUCCUCAAGAAAAUCCCUUCAAGAGUCAUCCAGCAGGCCAAAGGCCUCGCCAUCUUCACCACCAUGCGCACCGGUCUCUGGCUAAGCGGCUCAGGCGGAAGCGGUGUUCUUCUGGCACGGAUACCUGAAACAGGCGAGUGGAGUCCUCCGUCGGGCAUCAUGCUGCAUACGGCGGGUAUUGGGUUCCUAGCCGGGGUCGAUAUAUAUGACUGUGUGGUCGUCAUCAAUACAUACGAAGCGCUAGAAGCAUUCAAGAAAGUUCGCUGCACCCUCGGUGGAGAAGUAAGCGCCUCUGCCGGUCCUGUUGGCAUGGGUGGUGUUUUGGAAUCCGAAGUCCACAAGCGACAAGCCCCGAUCUGGACCUACAUGAAAAGUCGGGGGUUGUAUGCAGGUGUUCAGGUUGACGGAACGAUCAUCAUCGAGCGAAGCGAUGAAAACGAGCGAUUCUACGGCGAGCGCAUAUCAGUGACGGAUAUCUUGGCUGGCAAGGCCAAGAACCCUCCUGCAUCAAUUCAAACACUGAUGCAAACCAUCAAGGCCGCCCAAGGAGAUGCUAAUGUGGAUGAAGCCCUCUUGCCACCUUCAGGGGAGGCUCCCGGUGAUGUCGAAGUUGGCCCUGCGAUCGGCUCCUUUGGUGUACCUGAUCCAGAGGAUCCCGACCCGUUUGGGGUCAAGGCGUUAGAAGCGGAAGGUCUUUUCAUUCGCGAGGCUGGUUCGCGCAGUAGACCGUCGCAGGAGGCAUUCGAGUUCAAACCCGCCCCAAGCAGUCCUAUUUAUGCCACAUUCCGCCGCAGUCUCGAUAGUUCACCCCGCAGCAGCUGGCGCGCGAGUGUGCAGAGCUAUGCCAGCAUGGAUCGAGGGACCCAGACGGAUGAUGGUCCGGCUACAGCGCCGCCUUCUGUCAGUCGCGCCUCUUCUCGAAGUUAUCGAGACCACGAGGAUACCGCCCAUUCCCCCGUUUCCAUUGAAGACUCAACAAUGCCUUCUGAACUUCGACGUUACUCACCCACGUUCACACGUGCCCGCCUGGUGACAAUUCCCAAGCGUGUCCCACCUGCGCUUCCACCUCGCAACCCUUCGCGUACUCCUGGUUCAAUCUCGACAUCGACCCCCACUUCGCCGACUUCACUCUCCCGCUCUCACAGUCGUCGCCGGUCGGUAGCGUCGAGCCCUGGACGCUCUGGAAUGAUUGGCCUCACCGAACUACCCCUGCACUCCCUGUCUGACGACUCGCUCAGUGACUCCUCGUCCAACGCAGCAGCAGAGUCGUACAGCAAGACAUCACCUGACCGGGAGGAUUUCCACUCCGUGUCCAGCUUCCACGACUCGGAUGCCGCUCUGGAAAAGGAAGCUAGCAUCAAGGAGAUUCAUGCGAGGUCUGACUUGCAGGUCAUUGCUGCCGACGACAAGGCCGAACUUGCAAAAACACUUGCUUCCGAUGCAGAUGUGAAGGGUGCAGCAGCGGCGUCUUCUCACCUUGCAUAA